UGGACACAGAUUGCGUUGCGCCCAGCUUUUAUGUUAUACUGUAUAGUGGUUUGCUUAAGGAAGCUAACAAGAGGCUUGUGGAUAGUGAAUACCUAAUGAGCUGGACAGCAAGCGACUUCCGCCAUUUCUACGUGAUUCUCGAGAAACGGCCUCCUCCCAAGGCUACAUCCGAUGAUAAUAACAACGACUCCUCUUCCUCGCCGUGGGGUGAUAAACCCGAUGACCAGAAGUCGAACUCGGGUGGUUGGGGUGAUAACAACAACAACAACAACAACAACAACAACAACAACGAUACCAACAAUAACAAUGACAGCAGUAAUGACCAGAAUGGAAACUCGGGUUCGGCUUGGGGAGACAAUAACACUUCGAAUGAUAACAAUAAUAACAGCGGCAAUGAUGCCUGGGGUGCUCCUCCCGGUAGCCCUGUGAAGGAUAACAGCAGCAACAACGCUGGAUCUGAAUUCAAGAACCACGAGUGGCCUGCUGGCAUGGUAAACGCGAAUAACCCGAACGGCAACGGCAACAGAAACGGACGUGGACGCGCUGCUAGCGGGACUUCUGAUUGGGAUGUGCGGGAUUGGGCGAGGAGUCCGAGUGAGGUGGGAGGAACUAGUGCUGGUGCUUGGGGAGGUUCAGGUGGUACGCCUGGUAGUUCUAAGGGGAAGAGUGGUGGUUGGUAGUGUAAUCGUACUCUGAAUACUGUGCGCUUGUAUGAUGUGUCUAAAGCAGAUGAAUGGCAAAUUAAUAUAG